AGGCUCCUGUUUUAUUUUGGAGGGGGGCCGGAAGCUGUGAGCUGUGUUUGCUCUCAUGGUGUGUAGCUUUACUCUGGUCCAGAGACCGAGGAGAGGAUGUGACUACAGCCUCUAGCUGCCUCAUCGGCCCCGGACUCGGCUUGUUUGUGUCCCCGCUGCCGUUCACCACCAACAUGGAACUCGGUGGGAAGUAGCAGACGAGUGCGUGUUCGAGUCCUGGUCCCGACCCUCGGAGAUGAUCCACCGGCAGGUCUUUCUACCCCAGAACUUGUACCAGAAUCGGUUCCUGGGCCUGGCAGCCAUGGCCUCCCCGACCCGCAGCAGCCAGACCCGCCAGCGCUGCAAGAAUGCGGUUCGUCACAGCUGCGGUCCGGAGACCUACGCUGUCAACGGUCUGAACCAGGACGACUUCAUGCUGGGGCUGCCGCGGUCCACCAGUGACACUGAUCUUGUCUCCCAAGACACCCGGUCCACCCUCACCAUAAGCUCCUCCCACUACACCAUCGGCCAGUCUGAAGACCUGGUGAUCACAUGGGACAUCAAGGAGGAAGUGGACGCUGGAGACUGGAUUGGCAUGUAUCUGGUUGAUGAGCCUUUGUCUGAGAACUUUAUGGACUACAAGAACCGAGGCAUCAAUGGAUCUCACAAGGGCCACAUCGUUUGGAAAAUUGACUCCAGCUCCAACUUCAGUAACGCUGAGAGCCAGGUCUGCUUCAGGUACUACCACGGUGUCACCGGAGCUCUGAGGGCCACCACACCCAGCAUCACCAUAAAGAAAGGUUCUCCCCCUAUAUUAAAGCCAGUGGCCAUUCCUGAAGCCAACCAUGGAAUGGGCAACAGGAGACUCAUUAACUUUUCCUUGUCAGACCUCCAGGCAGUUGGUUUGAAGAAGGGGAUGUUCUUCAAUCCUGACCCCUACCUAAAGCUUUCCAUCCAGCCUGGAAAACACAGCAUCUUUCCCUCGCUGCCACACCACGGUCAAGACAAACGCUCUGGAGUGGUCUGCAACACAAUCAACCCACAAUGGAGCACAGAGAGGUUUACCUUUGUUUCUCUGCCCACUGACGUCCUGGAGAUCGAGGUGAAGGAUAAGUUUGCAAAGAGUCGGCCAAUCAUCAAACGUUUCCUGGGGAGGCUCUCUGUACCUGUCCAGAGGCUGCUGGAGAAACAUGCCAUCGGGGAUCGGGUCGUGAGUUAUACGCUGGGUCGUAAGUUGCCAACAGAUCACGUCUGUGGCCAGCUGCAGUUUCGCUUUGAGCUGACCUCUUCUAUUCACCCAGAUGAUGAGGAGAUCUCCCUGGUCAUAGAAGCAGCCUGUCCUGAGGUUGGAAAUGCAGCAAAUGCCAACCAUGCAGCUGAUGCUCCUGAUGAAGACACACUCAGUGUGGGACCCGACAUGCCUGAUCUUCCUCUGGACGCCCCUCCUGGCCCCCAGACCCCCACCGACCAAGUGUCCACACUUGAGGAGGUCCAUCCUGCCGAGACUGGGGAGACUGGGGAGGCCGAGGAGACACCGGAGGUGCAAGAAACCGCCGAGGAAGAGAAUACAGUCAGAGAGGAGCUCCAGUCUACGGAGCCACGGGUGGAGCCGGAGGAGGGGCCCUUGGCUGAGCAGCAGGAGGAGAUCAGUGGGGAGGGGGUGGAAAAUGAAGGAAGGGAGGAGGAGGAGGUGGAGGAGGAGGAGAGAGCACAGUCUACACCACAAGCUGAGGAUGUGGAAGUAGAAGAAAAGGAGGUUGGGGAGGAAACGCAGCCAAAGCCAGACGACUCUGACAAUCCUGAAGUUGUAUCAACAAGCGUAGGGGCCCCAGCAGAGGGGGCCCCAGCAGAGGGGGCCCCAGCAGAGGGGGCCCCAGCGGAGGGGACUAUAGCUCCUGAGGAGGCCCCGAGUGAGCAAGCUGAAAGGGCCCCACAGAAGGUGCCAGAGGGAGAAGAAAGGAGCAGCGUCCCCUGCCCCUGCCAGCAGUCCCUCUUCUCAAACUACAACUCCCAGGCUCCCUUGCGCCGCAAAAACCGGCCCAGCUCGCUUCCCGUGUCGGAGCUGGAAACGGUGAUCGCCUCGGCCUGCAGCGAGCCGGAGACGCCGCGCUCCCACUACAUCCGCAUCCACCACCUCCUCCACAGCCUCCCCUCGGCCCAGCACAGGGCCCCCAGCCAGGAGGAGGAGGAGGAGCAGGAGGAGGUGGAGCCCGGGGAGGUGGAGGACACGAGCAGCAUUCAACAAACCACCUCCACAUCACCCAUACUUAAAACCUCCAAAGAGGAGGAGGGGCAGGAGGACGAGGAGGAGGACGAUACAACUCAGUCUCCCUCUCAGGUCCCAGAGUGUCCGGGCCCCUGCUGCCACCGCUGCCUCCCUCGCAGCCUCUCCAUCGAGCACCUUUCUGAGCUGAACCAGCUUCUGGAGAACGAGGGAGAAGGAGGAGGACACACAGCAGUCCGACGGAUCUCCCCCUCCGACCUGGAGAGCGAGGAGGGCGAUUCCAGCAAUGGAGUGGGAAGAAAAGUUAGCAUGAGCACCCACAAACACCCGGGCGAGAACGAGUGCGAGUUUUGUGACACUUCCUGCUACAGCACUUCCUGUUACAGCACUUCCUGUUACAGCACUUCCUGCUACACCAACUCUGGCUACGAGGGGAGGAACCGCUUCUGCAGCCACACCCGCCUCUCCUCGGUGGACAGCAACAGACUCUCGGGCAGCACCGUGUUCUCCUCCCAGGACGAGGAGGAGGACGAGGAGAGCGCCUUCGAGUCAGUGCCCGAUGUCGACUCCGUGCCAGAGGGCCAGGAGGUGGGCAGGGCGGGAGGAGAGAGGAGGACGGGGAGGUUGAAGGAGGCCAGGAGAGGAGAGCAGGAGGCGCCAGCUGUGGCAGGACCCAGUGACAGAAACAACAUCGACUGGGAAGCUCGUAUUGACAGCCAUGGCAGAGUUUUCUAUGUGGACCACGUGAACCGGACGACAACCUGGCAGAGACCGAACCACAACAACAAAUGUAACCAUGGCAUCCCCCGCUCAGGAUCCACACAGCAGAUGGAGCAACUCAACAGGAGGUACCAGAGCAUCCAAAGAACGAUGGCCACAGAGGAGGACAGCGGGAGUCCACGGUUAGAGCGCAGCAGCAGCACGGAGACUGAUCCUGACACUGUUCAGACAGGCCCCGCCUCCCCUGUCACUCACCAGAAGAUCAGCCAUCUCCUCCAAUCACCUGCUGUCAAGUUCAUCACACACCCAGAAUUCUUCACUGUGUUGCACAGUAACUAUGCAGCCUACCGGAUAUUCACCAGCAGCAGUUGUGUGAAACACAUGAUCCUGAAGGUGCGCCGCGACGCCAGGAACUUUGAGCGUUACCAACAUAACCGGGACCUGGUGGUCUUCCUCAACAAGUUUGCAGACACUCAGCUGGAGCUGCCGAGAGGCUGGGAGAUCAAGACGGACCCCCAGGGAAAAUCUUUCUUUGUAGACCACAACAGUCGAGCCACAACCUUUAUUGACCCUCGCAUCCCUCUGCAGAAUGGCCGACUGCCCGGUCACCUCGCUCACAGGCAACAUCUGCAGAGACUACGCAGCUACAGCGCUGGAGAGGCGUCUGAUGUGUCCAGGAGUCGGGGGGCUUCUCUCAUGGCCCGGCCUGGAAACAGCCUCGUAGCCGCCAUACGAAGCCAGCACUCACAGCAGCUGACCGCUCCAUCUUACAAUGACAAGAUCGUGGCUUUCCUCAGACAGCCGAACAUAUUUGACAUGUUGCAGGAGCGACAGCCGAGCCUGAGCAGAAACCACGCCCUGAGGGAGAAAAUCCACUACAUACGGACAGAAGGAACUCAGGGGGUGGAGAAGCUGUCAUGUGAUGCAGACCUCGUCAUCCUGUUGAGUUUGUUUGAAGAGGAAAUCAUGUCUUACGUUCCACCUCACCCCAUCCACCCCGGCUUCAGCAUUUCUCCUCGCUGUUCUCCUGCAUCCUCACCUCAGAAUUCUCCUGGCCUGCAGAGGGCCAGGGCUCCGGCUCCGUACCGCAGAGACUUUGAAGCCAAACUGAGAAACUUCUACAGGAAACUAGAAGCCAAGGGCUACGGACAGGGACCGGGCAAGAUCAAGUUGCUGAUCAGGAGAGAACACUUGCUGGAGGGAACCUUUAACCAGGUGAUGGCGUACUCUCGCAAAGAGCUGCAGAGGAACAAACUCUACGUCACUUUUCUGGGAGAGGAGGGGUUGGAUUACAGCGGUCCAUCCAGAGAGUUUUUCUUCCUGUUGUCCCAGGAGUUGUUUAAUCCAUACUACGGUCUGUUUGAAUACUCAGCAAAUGAUACUUACACCGUUCAAAUCAGCCCCUUGUCAGCGUUUGUUGAGAACCAUCUGGAAUGGUUCAGAUUCAGUGGUCGUAUCUUGGGCUUGGCUCUGAUCCAUCAGUACCUGCUGGAUGCUUUCUUUACCAGACCCUUCUACAAGGCCCUGCUCAGACUAUCCACAGAUCUGUCUGAUCUGGAGUAUCUGGACGAGGAGUUCCACCAGUCUCUCCAGUGGAUGAAAGACAACGACAUCACAGACAUCCUGGACCUCACAUUCACUGUCAAUGAGGAGGUCUUUGGCCAGGUGACAGAGCGGGAGCUGAAGUCAGGUGGCUCCAACCUCCAAGUUACUGAAAAGAACAAGAAGGAUUAUAUAGAGCGAAUGGCCAAGUGGAGGGUGGAGAGAGGAGUGGUGCAGCAGACCGAGGCUCUGGUCAGAGGUUUCUACGAGGUGGUGGACUCCAGGCUGGUGUCUGUGUUUGAUGCACGGGAGCUGGAACUGGUUAUCGCAGGUACAGUCGAGAUCGACCUCAAUGACUGGAGGAGCAACACAGAGUACAGAGGAGGUUACCACGACGGUCACAUAGUGAUGCGCUGGUUCUGGGCCGCUGUGGAGCGCUUCAACAAUGAGCAGCGUCUCCGCCUGCUACAGUUUGUCACGGGUACGUCCAGUGUGCCCUAUGAAGGCUUCGCCACGCUUCGGGGAUCCAACGGACUUCGCCGCUUCUGUAUUGAGAAGUGGGGCAAAGUCACAUCGCUACCCAGGGCUCACACCUGCUUUAACCGUCUGGACCUUCCUCCAUACCCUUCCUACACCAUGCUGUAUGAGAAACUACUGAUCGCCGUGGAGGAAACCAGCACGUUUGGUCUGGAAUGAGCCUGUCAAGACUUAAGCAUCCCUCUCUGUUUCACACUUACUGAACUAAACUGUUAAAACAAACAAAAAAAGAGUCUGGCGUCGCCGUCGUCGUCAGCUCAAAAUGUCUUAACGAUACUCGACAAAGUUUUUUUUGGUCCUGUGGAUGUAUGUCAUUGUUAUUGUACUGUAAAGAAAGGGUAAAUGUAAAAAUGCAAUCAAGGUUAUUUAAAGUUUCAUGUACCAAAACCCAUCAUCCAACCAAUAAUUAUGCAUACUUAGCUAUAGAAAAUGCAAACAAAAAGUAACAGCUUCACAUCAAAUAGCUACAUAAUAGAGCGGAAACGAGAACUUUCCACAAAAUCAAAAGACAUCACUAUGAAAGCUAAAUACUUGACAGCUUGUUGGGAUUUUUUCUUUAACCCUUUGAUGCACAAAAUGGGUCUAAAGUGACCCGAUAGAGUUUUUAUGUUCUAUAUCUUUGCAAUAAAUUAUUUUCAUCAUUUAGUAUUCCAGGUUUUCCUCAAUUAGUUUGUUUCUGAUCAUCAUACAUCCUAUUUUUAUGUUUUCCUUUAUUCAUUUUUUUAAUAAAAUCCCUUUUUGUGUCACUACUCUUCUAAUGCACAACAUGGGUCAAAAAUGACCCAUGUCCAUUUUUUAGCUACGUAGCUUGCUAAGCUAACUACUUAGCUAACUUCUUGGCUAAGUAU